AUGUCAUCAAUACCCCAGAAAAGGCAAGUAAUUGCUGGUUACGAUCCCCCAUUUGACUUUACCCUUUUUUCUUUGGUGGCCUCCGAGACAUUCCUUUUGAUUGGCGAUCCUCAAAUAACUGACGCAUUCUCUUACAAACGAACUGGAAUUCUGCAAACCUUAACCGAAUAUUACAGCGACCGUUACAUGCGCCGUAAUUACAAACUUCUCACAAACAUUCUUCAGCCACAGACAGUCUUUUUUAUGGGUGAUCUGAUGGAUGGCGGACGAGAAUGGGACGAUGAAGGAUGGUACAAGCAGACUGAGCGGUUUAUGCGACUAUUUAAGACUUCAGCAAAGAUGCAAUUCAUGGCAGGCAACCAUGAUAUUGGAUUUGGAAAUGGUGUAACAACUUUUCUUCAAGAGCGAUUCGAAUCUGUCUUUGGACCACCAUCAUACGGCUUGACGACCAAUACACCUUACUCCAUCGUCGUGCUCGACACAGUAUCCUUGAGUUCGAGCGACCCGGCCGUUCGACAAAAGGCUCUUGAUGUCUUGUACGGCCCGCUACCACCAUCUCCUCGGAUAUUGAUGUCUCAUGUGCCGCUUUACCGACCCGACACGGAGUGGUGUGGGCCUUAUCGCGGGCGACAGAAUCCAGGCACGAUCCGCCAAGGCCGCGGAUACCAAUAUCAGAAUCUGCUCACCGAGGAACUAUCGCGCCAGAUCUUGGAACGCGUACAGCCAAUCGCCGUAUUUUCAGGAGAUGACCAUGAUUACUGCGAAGUAACACACACUUACAAAUACGGCGCCGGUUAUGGCUAUAAUGCUGAUAAUGUCAAUGAUAACUAUAAUGAGAAUACUAGCAAUAAUGGUGGCGAUGGUGAAGGCGAUGGUGAAAAGAAUAACGGUAUCAAUUCCGGUGCUAGCAGGAAUAGUGGUACCCGUGCUGCUGCUAGUAAUUAUGAUAUAUUAGAGGUUGUGGAGAUGAGUGUGCCAACAUUUAAUAUGGCCCAGGGUGUGAUUUCUCCAGGCGUGAUGCUGUUGGAUCUGUCGUCGGGAAUAGGAGUCAAGCUGUGUUGGCUUCCAGACCAGAUAUCACUAUUCAUUGGUUAUGGUUGUCUUGCCGGGUUGUCAAUUGGGGUGUUGGCCAUCGUGCAUGGUUGGAGAUGGAUUCGACACCGCCAAAAAACAUCCUCGGGUUUCAAGACCCUCGAGAUGGCUGACGAAAGAUUGAUGAUGUACUCGAGAAAUUCUUCAAUCAAAAACGCACUGGGAUAUUUUGCAAGGGAUUCUUCUAAUGCGCGUGCAUGCAUGCGGGUAUGCGGGUAUGCGGUUCUUGUGAUGAGCAAGGAUGAUAUUGAAUAGAUCGAAAUUUAAAAGUAAAAAGAAGAAGAAGAAAAAGGGGGGGUGAUUGUGAUGGUGCUUGUGAUGGUGGUGGUGAUAAUAAUAAUAGAGAACUGAGAACUGAGAGAAGGAAUAUUCGUGUAAAAAAAAGAGUAAAAGCAAAGCAAAAAUAAAGCAAAGUAAAAGCAAAGCAAAGAUUGGCUAGGCUAUUCCGUGUUUACAUAUUGGUCAGUGUCUUCGAGAAUAUUUGAGUUGAGAUGCAUCCUUGGCAAGCCACCACACAAAACAGCACCUGUGUCGUAGCGCGAAUGUAGGGUCGAUUGGAGAGUCGAUUGGAGAGAAGACUGCAUGGUGACAUUUGUCAUGUUUGACGGGUUUCCGUUCAUCGACGAAUUGAGGGAGUUGUUGUUUCUGAUAUUGCCAUUGGGUCCCACAAGAUUUGCCAUGUCAGAGUUGUUAUCGACCAUGCCCAUGACAUUCGACACACCAGUCAUGCCAUUUGUUUGUUUUUGAGGGUUUCCAGAAGGAUUGCCCAUACCAACACCCAUACCCAUACCAACGUUAACACCAACAUUGCCGCCAUUACCAUUACCACCACCACCAUUACCGGCAGCGGCGGCGGCAGCAGCAGCAGAGGCAGCAGCAGCAGAGCGAUACUUUUGACGAGUGCCUCUUCCCAUGGGAUGAUCAACCUGAGCGGCGUAAACUUGCAUUUCACGGGC